UUAGCCAUGGCAGAGCAGGAGAAUAAUCCAAUUGAGCAGGAAAAGAACCAAGAGGAUCAUGAUGAAAAUAUGCCUGAAUCUGUGGAUGAUGUGCCGUCCGUAUUGGCAGCUCUUUCCUUGAUCAGAAUUCAAGAGAAGCAAAUGGACCUUAAUGAUAAUAAUACUUCUGACAGUCAAACCGCAUGGGAAACGAUCGAGUUAACAGAGACGUCUCAAAUUUCUGAAGGCGCCAUAGAUGAUAUACCAACUUCAGGGGAUCUUUCGGCUCAGAUGAAGAUUCCAGGCAUCUGCGAGGAGAAUAAGAACGAUGUCCCAAUUGUACAGAAGAGUACACCCACCAAAUUGAUCCAGAAGAUUCCAGAGACUCCACCGAUUGUGCCUAAUCCCAAAGAGGAUUUUCUGGAGGAGAUUUCCGAAGGCGCCAUAGAGCAUAUACCAAAUUCAGGAGAUCUUUCGACUCAGGAGAAGAUUCCAGACAUUUGCGAGGAGAAUAAGAACGAUGUCCCAAUUGUACAGAAAAGUACACCUACCAAAUUGGUCCAGAAGAUUCCAGAGACUCCACCGAUUGAGCCUAAUCCCAAAGAGGAUUUUCUGGAGGAGAUUUCCGAAGGCGCCAUAGAGCAUAUACCAAAUUCAGGAGAUCUUUCGACUCAGGAGAAGAUUCCAGACAUUUGCGAGGAGAAUAAGAACGAUGUCCCAAUUGUACAGAAAAGUACACUCACCAAAUUGAUGCAGAAGAUUCCAGAGACUCCACCGAUUGUGCCUAAUCCCAAAGAGGAUUUUCUGGAGGAGAUAUCUGAAGGCGCCAUAGAGCAUAUACCAAAUUCAGGAGAUCUUUCGACACAGGCGAAGAUUCCAGACAUCUGCAAGGAGGAUAACGACGAUGUCCCAAUUGUACAGGGAGGUACACCCUUCAAAUUGAUCCAGGAGAUUCCAAAGACUCCAGCGAUUGUGCCUAAUCCCAAAGAGGAUCUUUUGGAGGAGAUUUCUGAAGGCGCCAUAGAGCAUAUACCAACUUCAGGAGAUCUUUCGACACAGGCGAAGAUUCCAGACAUCUGCAAGGAGGAUAACGACGAUGUCCCAAUUGUACAGGGAGGUACACCCUUCAAAUUGAUCCAGGAGAUUCCAAAGACUCCAGCGAUUGUGCCUAAUCCCAAAGAGGAUAUUAUGGAGGAGAUUUCUGAAGGCGCCAUAGAGCAUAUACCAACUUCAGGAGAUCUUUCGACUCAGGAGAAGAUUCCAGACAUUUGCGAGGAGAAUAAGAACGAUGUCCCAAUUGUACAGAAAAGUACACUCCCCAAAUUGAUCCAGAAGAUUCCAGAGACUCCACCGAUUGUGCCUAGUCCCAAAGAGGAUUUUCUGGAGGAGAUUUCUGAAGGCGCCAUAGAGCAUAUACCAAAUUCAGGAGAUCUUUCGACACAGGCGAAGAUUCCAGACAUCUGCAAGGAGGAUAACGACGAUGUCCCAAUUGUACAGGGAGGUACACCCUUCAAAUUGAUCCAGGAGAUUCCAAAGACUCCAGCGAUUGUGCCUAAUCCCAAAGAGGAUCUUUUGGAGGAGAUUUCUGAAGGCGCCAUAGAGCAUAUACCAACUUCAGGAGAUCUUUCGACUCAGGAGAAGAUUCCAGACAUUUGCGAGGAGAAUAAGAACGAUGUCCCUAUUGUACAGAAAAGUACACUCCCCAAAUUGAUCCAGAAGAUUCCAGAGACUCCACCGAUUGUGCCUAAUCCCAAAGAGGAUCUUAUGGAGACGAUUUCUGAAGGCGCCAUUGAGCAUAUACCAACUUCAGGAGAUCUUUCGACUCAGGGGAAGAUUCCAGACAUCCUUGAGAAGGAUAACGACGAUGUCCCAAAUUUGCAGAAAAGUACACCCUCCAAAUUGCCGCACGAGAUUUCAGAGACUCCAGCGAUUGUACCUAAUCCCAAAGAGGAUUUUCUGGAGGAGAUCCCAGCCCCAAUAUCUUUUUCCUUAGGCGAAAAGGACAUGAUCGAAAAAAAACAAGAGGAGAAGCUUAUUGAUCUGCCUUCUCCAGAGGUAAAUAAAUCCUCCAAUGAUAUGUCCAGUGAUCCCCUUUUGGAAAACAUCGAAAUUAACGAUGAUGUAUACUACAUACUAGGCGAAGAUGACACCGUUCACCAGGGGCAAUUGCUUAAAUUUCGAAAAUCAAGUAACUCAGAUGUAGCUGACGAAUACUAUGUCCGCUAUAUGGGUGCAGGCAAAAAACCAGAUGCCUGGGUGGACAUACACCACAUAUCGGAAAAGGAGGAGGACUUUGGAGGACAUUCGUCAGCCAAGAAGAUGAAGUUGACUAACCUUCAAAGCGAGCAAGAGCUAAAAAUCGAUAAGAAAAAACAACAGGAAGCCGAGAAUACGACAAAAAAGUACAUUGAAAAAGUUCAAUUUGGGCGUUACGAGAUUGACACCUGGUACAGUAGUCCCUAUCCUGGUAAGUUCGGCAAGGUGCCAAUCCUCUACGUUUGUGAGUUUUGCCUGAAGUACAUGAGCAUGCGGAAAAGCUACGCCUAUCAUCUAUAUGAAUGCAAGCAGAGGGCUCCGCCAGGAUGCUUAAUUUACCGAAAGGACGAUAUCUUUAUCUACGAGGUGGAUGGCAACAAGAAUACCCUCUACUGCCAGUUUCUUUGCCUCUUGUCCAAGCUUUUCCUGGAAUACAAGGGCUUGUUCUACGAUCCCGCUCCUUUCUUCUUUUACAUUAUGUGUGUGAAGGAUCAGGAUGGCGAGCAUAUUGUGGGCUACUAUGCCAGGGAUAAGGACUCGGAGGAGAACUUCAAUGUGGCCUGCCUGCUUGUUUUACCGCCAUUCCAGCGAAAGGGCUAUGGAAAGCUGCUGAUCGCCUUGAGCUAUGUGAUCUCUCGCAGGGAGGGCUUCAUUGGCGGUCCAGAGAAGCCACUAUCGUUUUUGGGCCAACUUUGCUAUCGCGGCUUUUGGUGCUACACCCUUCUCGAAGAGUUGAGUAACCACGCCUUAACGGAGAAGAUUACCCUCAAGGAACUCAGCGAAUCGACCGGUUUCUUAAAGGAGGACAUCAUCUACGCUCUGCAGGUUAUGAAAAUGAUCAAGUACUUUGAAGGCGUCAACGUCAUUUGCACUAUGCCCAGCAUAAUCGAAGCUCGCCUCAAGCUGCCGCAGUUUAGGAAGCCUAGACUGGAACUCGAUCCCAAGUGCCUCGCAUGGAAGGCGGGCACCAACGCCAAGGAUUAGUUUAUAAAUUUUAAAGAGUUUCUAGAAUGAAAGUAAUAUACUAUUUCAUUGA